AUGACGCCUGUCGAGCUGAGGAACGGUCAUGCCAGAAAGAAGGUUCACGCUGUCAAGACGAAUGCCGAAAAAUUAGCCGAAGACUUGAUCAAAGACAACAAGGUCGAACAGCUCGCUGAGCAGUUGGUUGAGGCUUAUCUUGGACUGUACAAGCUCAAGGACAGCCCCACUGGAACUGAGGCAUUUUCUGGCAUGGAGGAGGAUCUCAGUGGAUGGGCAAAGCUCAUAAUUCACCGUGGAGACGUCGAGGGAAUCAGAAUGAGCUUCGUCUAUUCUGCUGUUCGCCUGUGGUACAUGCAGAUCCACAUCAAGAAGCUUGCUGAGGAUCUUCCUUGA